AUGAGUACAUCUAGAGAUCAUGUUGAGAUUUUGGAUAGUUCUAAUUCUAGCGCAGAUAAAGUUGAGAUAAAUCAAAAGGAUGGUGAGGUUGAUGUUGACAAGAACAUACCCGAGGAAGGCCAUACAAUGUCAUCUUCAUAUGUGGAGCCGUAUGUGGGGCUAGAGUUUGACGACGUAGAGGAUGCACUUAGUUGCUAUAAAGCCUUCUCCAGACGAGCUGGUAUUAGCAUUCGAACAAAUCAUACUGUAUUGUCAAGCAUGGAAAAAUCAUUAAUUGGUGUAGAGUAUGUGUGUUCAAUAGAAGGAUUUCGUUGGUAUAAUCUUAAACUUAUAGAGAGAGCACGACCCAAGGCUCCAGAAACCAAGUGCGAGUGUAAGGUAAUGAUGACAAUAAAGAAGAAUGGAAGCAAAUGGGUUGUGUCUAAGUUUGUCCUCCAACAUAAUCAUGAGUUGUUGACACCUCGGAGUACAAGUUUGCUUUGUGGGCAUAGAUGGGUGACUCCGACUCAAAAAAAUUUAAUACAUACGCUAAAUGAGUCGGCGAUACCAACACGGAAAAUUAUGUCCAUUUUGAGUAAGGAGCAUGAUGGUAAUUAUAAUAUUGGUUGCAUUCCUAAGGACAUUCACAAUUAUUUGGGUAAUGGAAGGAAACAACUUCUUGAAGAGGGAGAUGCACAAAAGUUAUAUGAGUACUUUUUGGGAAGCAAACGUAAUAAUCUAGGCUUUGUAUACUUGAUCCAAGUUGAUGUAGAUGGGUCGAUGGGAAAUUGCUUUUGGGCGGAUGGUAAAUCACAAGCUGCAUAUCAAUAUUUUGGGGAUGUUGUUACGUUUGAUGCUACGUACCUAACAAAUCGGUACAAGAUGCCCUUUGUCCCAUUCACUGGAAUUAACUAUCAUCAUCAAUCUGUAAUGUUUGGAUGUGCAUUAUUGAUAAAUGAGACAGCCGAGUCUUACACAUGGUUAUUGAAAACUUGGCUAGAAGCGAUGCUUGGUCGUGCUCCAUCUACAAUAAUAACUGAUGAUGACAAGCAAUGGCUAAGGCCAUCGUGGAGAUGGACAAGAGUUGGAUCAAAAUCAUUGAUAGAUUUGGAUCUAGGGAGUAUGCUAAAGGAGUUAAGGAGUUUCUUACCUUGGCCCGGUCUCAUGCUACAAAUUUUUCAUGGUGAGGAAGAAGAUUUAAUCAUAAGUGAUGAUGAUGAUGAUCUACAUGAUCCCAAACAAGAGGAUGAUUUCAUUGAUGAUGUUGAUGUUAUGUUACGAGAUAUUCGGAAAACAGCAGCUGAUAUGCAGUGGCAUAGGGAUCAGCGAGCCAUUCAGCAGGGGAUUCUAAGUCAUCUUGCUGACUCAGAGAUGUGGACAACAAUUGAUCAAGAGCAUGCUUGUCCAAGAUCACCAGGAAAUGAAAUCGAUGUUUAUCUUCAACCUUUGAUAGAUGAAUUGAUUGAUCUAUGGGAUAAUGGUGUUGGUGCAUACGAUGCAAAGGCUAGUGAGACUUUCCGAUUGCAUGCAGCAUUAUUGUGGACAAUCAAUGGUUCCUACCUAUGGAAACCUCUCCAGGUGGAGCACUAA